AUUUUAGAUGUCAGAAUGUAUUUACAGAUUGUAGAAUGAGGAGCAAUUUGUUGAGGAACCAAAAAAAACUAGUCAAAAUCAAAAAAGGUAUAAGUCUUAGCAUCCAGGAAAUCUUCCUCCUUCCUAUUCUACUUUUAACACAAAAAAUACAACUCUUAGUAUUAAUAAUAUCAAUGGCAAUAAAAUACUACAUAAAGGCUAUUUAAAGCAUCAUGCAUUGUGGGGAAAACCAAAAAACUUUGAAGUUACUGAUGAGUUGAUGUUUCCUCUAGGUCUUAUUAAACCUGAAGAUUGUGCUCUUAAAAAACCAAAUAUUCCUAAUCAUUUUAAACAGAAGGUUGACAUGGACAAAUUCAAAGAGUAUUUAGAGGCUAAACCCAAACGACCUAAGUCUGCUGGACAGAAACCUAAAUAAAUGGAUUACUUCAAAAAGGAUACUUUUGGCAAAGUUCCUGAAUACUUAGAAAAGAUGAAAAAUGACAAAUUAGAAAAAUAAAGAGAAGAAGAGGAGGAGAUCAGAAGGAAGAAGAAGGAAAAGGAGGAUCAAAAAGUUAAGAAGGGAGAUGUAUUCAAAAUAAUGUAACAGCUUCUUCAAAAGAAGGAGGAACUACUCAAAGAAUUUGCUCAAUAUAGUCAUAAAAGAGAUAUGACUCAGUAAACAAAGCUUAAGUAAAUAAAAUAUAGAUAAGUAGAAAGGAAGAAUUAGAAAAGAGGUUAAAUUAAAUGGAUGGAGACAUAAAAAAGUUGGAAAGACUUUACAAUCAUUGA